AAGCCUCGCAGCAACACUGCACAUGGGCAAGUUGGAGAAAGCUGGCGUGCACGGAGGAACGCUCAAGGUCCACCCAUCGGAGAGAGAGGACCUCUAUAUAAAGGCGGUGCAAUGGUGACAGGAGCGAGAGUGAAGACACCCAACAUAAGUCUGCAAUCCAGUUUGAGACGGGUGCUUGCGCGGAGCUAACUUUGAGAAGUAACGCUAGUUGGGCGAUGGACGGAUAGAGUGUGAUGGGGAGGACUCUCAGAAGGCUUGUCCAAGACCCACACAGGGACUGAAUGUGUCCUCCUGGAGGUCGGAUCUCGAAUGCAAAGCAGAGCUGAGAUGUCGGGAGAUGGGAACUGCUCGGAAUCUGUCUCCUGGGCGUCGGAGCGGACUCCCUCGGCCGGCGUUGGGGUUACCACGGCACUGGCCUCGGUUCUGAUCUUCACCACGGUGGUGGACAUCGUGGGCAACGUGUUGGUCAUCAUCUCGGUCUUCAGGAACAGGAAGCUGAGGAACCCCGGCAACAUCUUUGUCGUUAGCCUUUCAGUAGCUGACUUGGUUGUGGCAAUUUAUCCUUACCCACUGAUUUUAUUUGCCAUCUUCCAACAUGGAUGGACUCUGGGCGAUAUUCACUGCCAGGUUAGUGGAUUUGUGAUGGGUUUAAGUGUAAUUGGAUCCGUUUUCAACAUUACAGCAAUCGCGAUCAACAGGUAUUGUUACAUCUGCCACAGCUUCAAGUAUGAUAAACUCUUCAGCUACAAGAACACUAUCUGCUACCUGUGUCUGACCUGGAUCUUAACUGUUGUUGCCAUCAUACCAAAUUUUUUUGUGGGCUCCUUGCAAUACGAUCCUCGUGUAUUCUCGUGCACAUUCACCCAAACAGUAAGCUCUUAUUAUACAAUCAUAGUGGUGGUUGUUCACUUCCUUGUCCCUAUCAGCGUGGUAUCCUACUGCUAUCUGAGAAUCUGGGUCUUGGUCAUCCAGGUAAAGCGGCGAGUUAGACCCGAUGAGCCAAAGUUGAAGCCCAGCGACUUCAGAAACUUCCUCACCAUGUUUGUGGUCUUCGUGUUGUUCGCAGUUUGCUGGGGGCCUCUGAACUUUAUCGGCUUGGCGGUAGCCAUCAACCCCCCGGCCGUUGCGCCCAAGAUCCCCGAAUGGUUGUUCAUCAUGAGCUACUUCAUGGCAUACUUCAACAGUUGCCUCAACGCUGUCAUCUAUGGACUUCUCAAUCAGAACUUCAGGAACGAAUACAAGAGGAUACUGAUGUCACUGUGGUCUCCAAGACUGUUCUUCACUGACCUGUCAAAGAUUGGGACGGAGGCUAUGAAGAGCAAGCCUUCCGCGGCACCAACCAACAACAAUGUGGCAGAAGUAAAUGUGUAAGAUAACAUUCGCAAUAUUGUCUGCUCACUUUGAUUUAUAUUGUCAUUGUGCCUUGCAUAUUUUGCUUCAUCUAUUACAGCAAUAUCAUUUACUUUACUUACCAUAUUACUGUAAUUUCAAAUGUUCCAAAUGUUAAUUGCACAUGAGCAAUAAUUGGAAAUGCUUCUGUAAAAAUGUUUGGCUAAAUGUACAUUAUUCACAGCAUAUUUGCACGAUGGGUUAUGGACUGUUCUUCAUGGAUGAUACCACCAAUUUUUCUUGUGUGUCCUCAAGAGUGCUUUUUAUGGGAAAGAAAUAACUGUCACAAUUCUAUCUGGUUUUAUUUUUUUCUCAAAUGCACAAAAAUGCCAAACCUCGAACAUGUUUUCUGUUCAAAACCCCAAACUAGUCUAAAUCCAACAUGUUUGCCUCUCCAAAUCCAGUUAAACAUAUCAGCUAUAGUAUAGCCAUUUUUUAAAUGUCAAUUUAAAGGAGAUUUUUAACAGUCUGGAUAAAUGGGACAUAUAUUUUUGGAAUUAGUAUAUGGAAUGCUAAUGAGGAAUACAGCUAACUAUCCUGAAGUGGCCCAUAGAAAUUUCCUUCCAUAUAAAUAAGGGUAAAAUCCAUGUCCUAUAUUGAGGGCUAAAGUGCUUCUGCAUUGGGAUAUUUUGACUAUAAGAUAGAUAGACCUAAUAAGGGGAAGUUUUUAAGAAGAGGGUGUUGCUGAGUUGGAACUCGCCGUCUGUUAGUGUGAUGGAAAAGUCAACUAGAGUCAUAGGCAUACAGAGUGGAAACAGGCCUUUUGGCCCAACUUGUCCACGCUGACUAACAUGCCCCUUCUGCACUAGUCCCACCUGCCUGCAUUUGCCCCACAGUCCACUAAACCUGUCCUAUCCAUGUACCCAUCUAAAUGCUUCUUAAACUUUGCGAUAGUACCUGCUCAAAUAACUCCUCCGGCAGCUCGUUCCAUACACCCACCUGUAAAAAAGCCACUCCUUAGAUUUCAAUCAAAUCUUCUCCCCCUCACCUUAAAAGUUUAGAAAGUGCAUUGGAUAAGAUACAGGACUAUGGGACAUGGGGAGGGGGGUUGGUUUGUAAAGAGCUAACAUAGACUCGAUGGACUGAAUGGCCUUCCUCUUUGUCAAAGCAAUUUUAAUCCGAUGAUUUUCAAUGAUUAUCUAUUGGGAGCAACAUUCCUCUUUUUAAAUGGAACAGGACACUUCAGGCUAUUCUUUGGAAAUAACUGUCUUGUUUGUGGAAAUAAGGAUUGCUGCAAAGAUUCUGACUGACAAUGUUAGAGGCUAUUUCACAAUAUGAAUAUGCAACAUUGCUUAAACAUACCCCUACCCCCAUCCUCCAUUCCCACCACGACAUCUGAAAUUCUGCUCCCAGAAACAUUACAAUCAUUCUCUCAAAUACUGUUCAUCUUUCAGGUCUUCAGAAGUGGGAAUCGUUAAAGAUAAAACAAGCUUUAAUAGGCAGAGAAAGAGGGAAGGAGGGGAAAGAGCAAAAGGGAAAGUUGAUUGAAAGAUACAGCAUGGAAACAGGACCUUCGGCCCACUGAGUGAGUGCAUGUUGACCAUUGAUCAUCCGUUCAUACUAGUUUCAUGUCAUCCCACUUUCACACCCACUCCCUGCACAGACAGGGCAAUUUUAAAGAGGUUAGAUAACGUGCAAAUCCGCAUAUCGUUGGGAUGUGGGAGGAAACCGGAGCACCCAGAGGAAACAGGCGUUCACAGUGAAAAUGUGCAAACUCCGUACAGACAGCAUCUGGGGCCAGGAUCAAACCCAGAUCUCUCUCGCUGGGAGGCAGUGGCUCUACCAGCUGUAUCACUGUGUUGCCCUGUAGUCUGUGAAGUUAACAUGCAGGUAGAUCAAGUAAUUAGGAAGGAAACCAGCCUUUAUCUUUGACCUUUAUCGCAAGAGGAUUUGAAUAUAUCUUCUUGAGAUAUCUUGCUACAAUUAUAUAAGGUUCUGGUGAGAUUGUGGCUGUAAAUCUGAAAUUAUACAGUAAAGGUCUGGUCUCCCUAUUUAAGAUGGAUGGAGGGAAAACAGUGAUAGUUUUCUACUAUGGCUGAGGUUCAUUGUUUCAGAAUUCAGGACCAAAUAAAAAAAAUUGCAACUACAGAAACUAUAGUAAAUCACCCCAAUUUACAGAGGUGCAUCGCAAGGCAGUGCAGAGGUGCAUGGUGUAAUGGUGGCGCAGUGGUAGAGUUGCUGCCUUACAUCGCCAGAGACCCAAGUUCGAUUUUGACUAUGGUGUUGUCUGUACAGAGUUUGUACAUUCUCCCUGUGACUGUGUGGGUUUCUUUGAAGUGCUCCGAUCUGCUCCCACAUUCCAAAGAUGCGCGGGUCUGUAGGUUAAGUGGCUCCUGUAAAUUGUCCCUUGUGUGUAGGAUGCAGAAGUGAGAUAACAUAGAAUUAGUUUCCGGGUGAUCGUAGUCGACAUGCAUUCUGUGGGCCAAAGGGCCUGUUUCCAUGCUGUUUCUCAAAACAUUUCCCUCCACAUUACUUAUCAUUGCACACAAAAUAUAUCUGCUUAUCAACAAACCCCCUCAACUAUGUCGACCUGUUAUCUGCCAUGCUCUAUCCAGCCUCUCGACUUCUCCAGCUUCCUUCUCCCCCCCACUCUCAGUCUGAAGAAGGGUCUCGACCCGUAGCAUCACCUAUCCAUGUUCUCCAGAGAUGCUGCCUGACCUGCUGAAUUAUUCCCACACUUUGUGUCCUUUUGUGUAUGAACCAGCAUCUGCAAUGCUGUUUCUAUAUGGAACAGUACAGCAUGGAAACAGGUCCCUUGGUGCAUGAUGUCUAUGCCGAACACAAUGUCAUAUUAAACUACUUCCUUUUGUCUGCAUAUGAUCCAUGUUCUUCCUUUCCCUACCUAUCAAACCACCCCCCUCGCCCAUAUUCAUUUAUUACUUGCCACAUUUUGUCCUGCCCCUCCUCAAUUCCAACUUU